AAUUUAGCGGGAUAAAUAACGGCACUGUUUACCGUUACUGGGCAGCUAUGGGAAGUAAUAUGACGGUAAUAUGGCGCCUCCUGCGCUCCUCACUUGUCCCAGUUCAGUUGAAGGGGCGACGUUGUUUUACAUUUCUGAGGUCAUCUUCUGAGCUACAAGCCGUUGUAAAAUGUCUAAGAUUGAGCACUUGGUUACGUUACAGAGUCCUAAUGGAGGCCUUUACAAAUCCCGCAUCAUAUGCUGCAGCACAGAAGUCUAUAUCUGCAAUGGAACCAGAUUUGUAUAUGUCUUCAGCAUAGAGAAGAAGAAAAUAACAGCUGUCUAUCAAUUUCCCUCUGACAUUUGGCACAUAGAACUUUCAAGAGCAUCGCACCAGCUGUACGUCCUUUGUGCCCAGAAUGGAUUGUAUCUUCUGGAGUGGGAUGAACAUGGAAGGUUGUUGAGAGAACCAAGCUCUGUCACGAGUAAAGGAGACAUGACUGUAUACCAGAUAGGCUCCAGUUUUGGCCUCCUGAUUGAUCCAUCUCUCUGCGCGUUCACUGUAGUCAGUAAGGCUCUUGUUGUCGCAUUAGCACAGCAGGACAAAUGGAAGAUCGCAGUGUUUCAAAAGAAAUCCCUAAACCCUGACGACCGGUUCACAGCCCCGUCCAGAGAAGUGACGUUUUCUUACAGAGGUGGAAUGAACAGCGGUGAUCUGCAGCCUGUCCUAUGCUGUGUCUCUAUGAGGAAAGACAAACCAAUGAGCACUCAAUGUAACGUCGCACUGGAAGCCGUGCUGUUCACUAGGCUUUUCGGAGUAGAUGUUGCCAUGUUGGAUUCUCCCAUGAUACUUUGUGGGUUCCCAGAUGGUCAGGUAGUUACUUUUCCAUUGAAGGGUGCUGACGUACACUCUACAAAUCAGAGAACAACCCAAGGCUCGUUAAAGCUUCUUUAUCACUUGGAGCAACCCGUAGUUUCUAUUGGUACCAUAAAGAUGAAACCAUGUGGCUCCAAUACUGAGCGACCACCUGAGGAAAAUACAGCCUGUGACUGUGUAGUGGUUGUCGGGCAGAGGGGCCUGGUGUUGUCAGUGACAGGUGGUGAUAAUUCAGAUGCUAUCUCCUGUGCCUAUAAAGAUUACAGAUUACCCGCUCCCGUGUGCUGCACGUCCCACUCCACAUCUGGUGUCUUCUGCUGCACAUCCAGUGACCUCAUUUAUGUAACCAGACCAAGCCUGGAGAAAGAAGCUGCAACCAAUGCCAUGUGCUCAACAGUGACGUCCAUCCGUCACAAUAUACCCAUGAUAGUGGGGUUAUCACCAGUGUCCUUAUUGGAUGACACACAGCUAGUUGCUUUGUCUAAGAGGGGACGUCUUAUGCUUUGCAAGUUAAAUCAGAAAGGAAGCAAAGAUCAGCAGCAUGGAUUGGGCUGUGUGAACACUGGACAGAGGAUCAGAGAGCUGUUGUCUGGAAUUGGUUCUGUGUCCGAAAGAUCCUCUGCAUUGAAGAUUGUGGCAGAUGAGAAGAGCAGGUCCUUAGCAAGGCUCAACCACGUGAUGUCAUUGAGCCGGGAGUUGCUGUCCGGACAGUGGACGACAUGUCCAGUCAGAUGUGCCAUCAGGGUGUGUUGGACCCAGAUGCUUCUGAAAGACUAUAUUAUCGCAAGCUGCAGUCUGCAAAACAAGAGUGACUACAUCCUGGAGCAUGGGUGGACCUUGUGUCUCCUCAUAAGUACUGACCCAAUCACUUCUUAUUCCUUUCCCAUUUUGUUGCUAAAACCUGGGGAAACAAAAGAAUUUGCUUUCCCUUUAUAUGGACAGAGAUUGAACAGCCUGGAUUUCCCUAUUACAAUAUCUUGCUCCUUAUUUUAUAGUUUAAAGGGAUUUGUUGCAGAUUGUGAUAAACUUUCCGAGCUGUACUUGUCUUUCUCGCACAAACAGGGAGUCUACAUUCCUCUACAGGAGCAUGAUAUUAACAUAUUGCAAUGCCUGCGUCUAGGCUCCUCGACUACCUAUUGCUCUGGUUUACCACAUACUUUGCUGCAGAAUGCAGUGAGUGCUGUUUGGAAAUCGCCUUUCAGAAGUGACCAACUGGGGACACCUCCUAAGGCUCUUGUUAACCAGGGACCUAAUCAUACAAUGCCUUUGAGAGCUUCAGUUCGAUUGUCGGCCAUGCUGUUAACUUGUGCUUUAAAGAAUGAAAAAUCAGAGAUGUCCCUCUGCUCUGUUGUACUGCAUUGGCUGCUGCCAGAGGUGUUGGUAAAGGAGCAAGAUGUACAGGAGGUUAAAGGUUCAACCCCAGAUGGAAAGAAGUUUUGUAUCCGGGUUCAAGAGAUAUCGGUGUCAGAUCUGUUGUCAGAAGGAUCCAUCCAAGCUAUCGAGGUGGAAAUUUUAAGCUCUCAUUUACAUGUUGUGGCCUCUUUACAUCUGGCUGUCCUCAGCCGAUUCAAGAUAUUAUUUCAAGAUAAGCCAAACAGUGAGUGUCAUUCCCCUGAUUUGAAUUUAGGGAAGAUUCAGCAGCUGUUCAGUGCUCAUGAGCUUUUAAUAAAAGAAGUUAAGAACCUGAGAGAGCGCCUGGUUAUGGAUGAAGACAUUAUCUCUAGUGCAGCUGCCCAGAGACUCCUUGACAUCUACAGAGACUUGCGUGAUCCAGGCCUUCUCUUCAUCUGAGUCUGAAUGUAAUCUUCAUUCCUUUGCUGAGGAGGAAAGCUGCUUCAGGAGAUCUCAGGAUCAGAUAGGACUCAACCAUCUGCUGCCUACUAGAAAAUGAAGAGCACCCGAGAGGAAGUGGAGAAUUGAGAGGCACAUGUUACUGCACUCCGAAGUUCAGCUUCCUGCUUUUGUUCUUAAUCACAUCUUGCACCACAUACCAGUUUCUCUGUCACUGUACGCAGGAGGAGGGCUUGUUCUCUAACCCACUUUCUCUUACAGAGAAACAGUCACGGUAAGACAAUCAGUGACUUUCCCAAGAUUCGGGAAGACACAACUGCCCAACCAGACAGCGGAGGAGCCAAGAACAG